GAAUGGAACUUCCGCUUUGGACUGAGAGCAUCAGGCUCCUGGCUCCUGGUCCCACUGCUGCCCAGCCAAACGGCAUUGCAAGCGGCCUCACAGGACGCCAGGUUCCCAGGAAGCGGCGAAGACUGUGAUGAUGAAGACGCCGAGGGGCGGCCUCCUGGCGCUGCUGCUGCUGCUACUGCUGGGCCCUCUCGAUGUCUCCCAGGCCCAGAGGGACUGCACCGGGCCCGCGGCCAUCCCUGGCAUCCCGGGCAUUCCUGGGACACCGGGCUCUGAUGGGACCCCUGGGACCCCAGGGGUAAAGGGAGCAAAAGGGCUGCCAGGGCUCGCUGGAGACCAUGGCGAGUUUGGAGAGAAGGGGGACCCAGGGACUCCCGGGAAGCCAGGAAAAGUCGGCCCCAAGGGCCCCGUGGGCCCCAAAGGCUCCCCAGGGCUCCCUGGACUCCGUGGCCCCAAGGGUGAGUCGGGAGACUACAAGGCCACACAGAAAGUCGCCUUCUCCGCCUUACGGAAAAUCAACACGCCCCUGCGGAAGGACCAGGUGAUCCGCUUCGACCACGUGAUCACCAACGUGAACAACAACUAUGAAUCUCGCCUUGGCAAGUUCACCUGCAAGGUGCCGGGCCUCUACUACUUCACCUACCACGCCAGCUCACGAGGGAACCUGUGCGUGAACCUCAUGCGCGGCCUGGAGCGCAUGGAGAAGGUGGUCACCUUCUGCGACUAUGUCCUGAGCACCUUCCAAGUCACCACCGGGGGCAUCGUCCUCAAGCUGGGGCAGGGGGAGAGCGUCUUCCUGCAGGCCACAGACAGGAACUCCCUGCUGGGCAUCGAAGGUGCCAACAGCAUCUUCUCUGGGUUCCUGCUCUUCCCGAACCCGGAGGUGUGACCUGUGGGCCGAUUCAUCCCCCUCCCCAUCCCCUCCCCCACCAGCAAUACUCACUUUACCCCCAGCACUACCCUCACACAGUCAGUCUCCAUGGAUGUUGCUGAAUGAAUGAGUAAAUAAACUCUUCAUGACCAAGG